GGUACUGAAAUUGAUUUAGUGUCUAGAUUCUUGCUUUACCGUGAAAUGUGAUGUAUACUGUACUUCCUUUUUAUUCUCUAGAGCGAUAUGAGACGAGUACCGAACGGAAUGCAACAAGUUGUGACAUUGCCAUCUCCAGUCUCUACCGGUAGUCUAGAUGCGGUGCAGAACACCCAUCAUACAUAGUGGCCCGAUCGAUCUUAUGUCAAAUAUGUGAUGCAUGUCGUCCCUGUCAAAUUCCCUCUCAAAAUCUUGCUCGAGACCUCCCACCCUCGCCUUUUCAUUCUUAUUAAUAAUCAGCAAUCCGUUGGGAGGAGCCCCUCAGAACGAGCAUGAAGCCCAAGACUCAAAAACAUUCCGAGAUGUAAAUUGUGGAUGUCGACGUGGAGCGAAAAGUUGUUCAAGCUUUUUCGCUAGCCGCCCAUGCAUACUAGGCAUUCUCCCUAGUCUUCCUGACUCUUCGAAUCUCCCUACUUUUGGUAUAUCCCGUUAUGUGAACAAUAUGGGCACGAAGAUAUAUCCUUCAAGAUUUUCCAACAAUUUUUAAAACAAUCAAUCAAAAAUUCACGAGUCGUAUUCUGCAAUUCACCGUAUGGUUUUUAUAACCAUCAUUCAGUUUGCCCAAGGGUCUUUUUGCCCCGGCCCAAUAGAUCCUGCGCGCGCCCAUUAAUUUUGACUAUGGCUUUGAAAGAAGUCGAUAAUUUCGUUCUACUUUUCCCAGAUGAAGAAUGGAAUAGCCUGGCCGAAAAUGAUCAGCUUAAUAGCGUCAUUAAUCAGUUGAAUCCAAAUAUAUCCUAUGCAGAGACCAUUACCGAUAACUUACAAACAUUAUCAACUCACAAUGCAGAUGCGAGCGGUCAAAUUGGCGGCUUUCUUUACGUGCCCGAUCUGGAUGAUCAACACAUAUGCUACAACACUUCAAAACAAUACGUUCCUUCAAAUGCUACUCGACAAGCGAAUCUCCCAGCAACGGAUUUCACAUUGAUUGCGCUAGCACCUUGGAUCAGCAUAGAAUGUACAAAGGGUUAUUUAGCUGCAGCGCGACAAGACCCCAUACGAGCUUUCAUCUUCUAUUCACCAGAUAAUGGUACAAGUCGACCACCACCAAUCAACUCGGAUCAGUGGGCACUUGAAGAUGGAGGAUCAUGGAAGUCUACAAACAGAUAUCCGGUAUACGCUGUUCCAGGAAGUGUUGGAGAGAGGAUGAUGCGCGAAAUAAGUCUUUAUUCCGGCAACCUUACAGACGUACCAAACGGUCAUGAACUAUCCACAUCCCCAGGCAUUGACCCUCGAGACUAUGUACGAGUAUAUACGCAGCUGAGCGUGACUCAUGGCACAAAUCUCCCCAACUUGUGGGAAUUUUUGUUGAUCAUUGUUGCUGUACUAGCAUUCAUGCUCGCGAUCACUUCCGGCUCUAUGCAUUAUCUCCAGAGAAGCCGAAGGCGGGCUUUAACAAGACGAGUGGAAAAUGGGGAGGUGAACUUGGAGGCGCUGGGUAUCAAGCGACUCACCGUUCCACAAGAGAUUAUCGAUCAGAUGCCUAUAUUUACAUACCAUUUCAUUGGACAGGCCACUGUGGUGCAUCAACGUUCAAUUACAGCCGAGGAAAUCCAUCCCGAUAAAGGCGUCUCCGCGGAGUCAAACGAGAUCUCCUUUUGCGAUGACUCUGCAUUCAAGGCGUUGUCACCAACUCUUACUAUACCAAACUUGGGAAACCCUCCACUUUUCAUCUCAGAUCCGGGGGAACGAGCUGUAGUAUUCUCUCAACCUACUUGUCCUGUUUGUUUAGAUGACUUCGAAAGUGGAACUACAUUGAUUCGCGAGCUGCCGUGUGGUCAUAUAUUUCAUCCGGAAUGUAUUGACCCUUUUCUCGGCAAUAAUAGUUCAUUAUGUCCUAUGUGCAAAAAGAGUGUCUUGCCUAUCGGACAAUGUCCAAUAGAGAUCACCAACGCAAUAGUCAAUAGGGAAAGAAAUAUGCGAAGAUUGAGAUCUCGUAUCACUAUAGCAGAGGACAACAAUGAUAUUCAGGCUGGUCACUCAAGGUUUCUUCCUCGAAUCUUAAGCGACAGUUUCAACGGGCGAAUGUUUAAUACUUCGACGGUCCAAACGAAUAAUGUUCAAAUGACAGUUGCAUCACCAAUCGCAACGGAACCGCCAUUGAUGACAAGUGCAACACAUCCUCAAUCACAAGUCCAUAGCGUAUUAGGGGUCGAGGUGUUACAAAACGGCCUUUCUCGGCAGGCGAGAGCUCGACAACGAAUUCAAGAAAUUGCAGCACAAGAGCCGUCAAUAGAGGACCCCGAAUUGGUCCAAACGAGGCAUCAAUCACUCUUCCGUCGCGCGUUAUCGAAAGCUUUCCCCGGCUAUCCUUAGGGUUCUAAUUGUAAAUAUUAAUGAUUUGAUGAGCAUUUCAGCGUGGCAAUGUUGUUCUUGUCAAUCUCUGGAGUUUUAUACCAUGUAUACAUUUUGCGUUUGAAGGACAAAAGGGAUUGAGGUUAGGUUAGGUAUUGGUGUUUUGGGAGAAAAUACCGUCAAUGAACUGGUUAUUUGGGACUUGUUCGGAACAUUGGCGUAUCAUACGGAAAGCUGUCAGAGCCAGUCACAGCAGGCAGAGUCUUCAGAAGAAGCAUUGAUUUUUCGUUGGAGGUGUACAAUGGAUUGGUCAGGAAGAAACGUUGCAAAGGAUACUAGCCACGAACGACAAUUGACAAUUAGUUGUGCUAUGCAUGCACUUUCUACAACCAAUAGCGUGAUCUUGUAAUACCUGUUCGUCGA